UCACUACCAUUCCAAUAACUCAUACUACAACUAACAAAGCACUACCAUUUGUUACAAAUAUGCCAAAAAAUAACUACCAUUGUAGUAGCUAAUACAAAAGUCAGAACCAAUACCAAUCCAAUCAAACGAAUACCAAUGCGAUACGAACUACCAAUAACAAUCCAACCUAUACCAAUGUAAGGACUACCAUUAUUCCUAAACAAGUACGUAACAAUACCAAUCCGAAACAUGUAUGCAGAAAACUACCACUGCAUGAAAGGACUACCACUGCAUCAAAGGACUACCACUGCAUGGAAUGGGGCGGAGGAGGACUUUGGUGAUGUGGAGGCGGCGGCGGAGGGGAUUGCGGCGAGUGGUAGCUGGGUGUUGGCGGCGGCGACAUUGUUGGUGCUGGCGGCGGGAGCUCACAUCCGGGCUUCGAUGGUGGAGGAGGCGGUGGCGGUGGCGGUGGAGUUGUGCAUGGAACUCGGCGGUCGCCAUUGAUGCAACGUCGGCGAUGAUGCAACGCCGGCAAAAAAAGGUGGACUUCGAAGUGUACACGGCGGCAGAAUUAGGGCCGGCCAAAAAACGUGGCAUUCGAAAAGCCCUACGCUGAUUAAACUACCUAAUAAUUAAUUACCGUAAUUAUCUCUUCCUAAUUAAUUGCGUAAUUAAAA